GAUGCACCAAUGCCCGAGGCUCCUGCAGUGCAAGGAAUUGAUUUAGUGAGCGAGAUCCAGGUGAUAGUGACCCACACCUGCUCUUUCUUUUCAGUGCCCUCUGUCCCUUGCUUUCCUCUCCUGUCUCCAUCUCCCACUGCUUUCCUGCCCUCCCUGUUCCUUUUCAAUUUCUCCCGUUCGAUCCACAAACCAAUACAGUGCGGCUGGGGAUCUUUUGUCUAUAGAGGAGCUGACAACGCUUUUACACUGGCAGGGUCUGUUGUGAACAUUUGCAGCCUGUGACCCUGACUGAUCCUAGUCCUCAGGUCUGUGAAGUGUUUUGUGCCCCAGGAUGAAACAAAAGCUGCAUGCGGGAGAAAGGAAGAGAAACCAUCUAUGGUAAAAAGGCCCCCGCAGUAAAUAGGAUCCCUCACACUGAGAGCAGAAAUGAACGUCCUUCCUCAUGCCGCAAGUGAAGUCCCACUGGAGUCACUACUGCUCGUGUGCAUGAAGUAGGGGAAUUGUGUCACCAUCCUAAAGGGGCAUCAGUCUCUUUGCUCUGGUGUUGGCUUCCUACCAGCCAAUACAACCAGGCACCGUGACCCGAAGGGGGAGAAUAUAGAAAGGCUGCACAAUAUUAGAAUCACUGGAUGAAAUUCAGGCCUGUGCAGAGAGCCUACAAGAUGUCCAUGCACCACUUAAGACCAGAGAGGACUUCAGUGAUGUAUUAGCUUCCUGCAAUGUGCCUACACUGCCACUAGGGCCAAGCCUCCCACCAGCACAGAUAGACUCGCACUAGCAGGACUCAAGUUUGCCCUUAAAACUAGCAGUGUGAACGGUGAGGCUCUGGUGGCAACUUGGGCCAACUCCCCGAGCUCAGGGCCAGGUGGCUGGGUGGGCUUGAGCCCAAAAUGCAACAUCCGCACUGAUAUUGUUAGCAAGCUAGCACAAGCCUGUCUACCCUGGCUGGAAGGAUCACUCCCAGCUGCAAUGUAGGCAUACCCCUGGGGUCCUGCUGAACACGGUUGGAUUUCACCCAUCCUGGUUUAGGCUGUGAAGCUAAAUCUCCACUUCCCAGUAUAAUCUCUGCUCCCUGUGACCAGGGGUCUCGUGCUCCAUUCAUUCAAACAGUCAAAAACCCUUGCUUCUGCUCUCUUCUCAGCUGCUUUCGAGGCAAUGACUUAUCCAGGUUGCCCGUACCUGGAUGUUAAUAUGUGUCAUUGAAUUCUUUGCCUGAAUGGAAGAUCAGGGUGUUUUGGGUUUCUUCUUCCAGGCCCUGCAUGAAGAUGAAGAAUCUCUUAGUAUUUGCUGUGCUAUUUGCUUAUGGCGCAGUUAUGACACAGGGGAGUCUCUGGGAGCUUCAAAAGAUGAUUAAGCAAGUCACUGGGAAAUGUGCCUUAUGGAAUUAUUCCAACUACGGCUGCCACUGUGGAUUGGGUGGCAAAGGGACGCCAACGGAUGACACUGAUCAGUGCUGUUAUUUGCAUGACUGCUGCUAUAAGAGGCUCAGGCAUCAUGGAUGUUAUGCCAAAUUUACAACGUACAGCUACUUCUACCUGAGUGGAAGGAUAUACUGCGGCUUGGGGAGCUGGUGCAAAAGGGAGAGCUGCCAGUGUGACAGUGACCUUGUGCUCUGCUUGAAGAAACACUUAAGCAGCUACAAGACGGGUUAUCGCUUCUAUCGAAAGAGACGCUGUGGGGAUAGGGCGCCCACGUGUUAAAAAGUUGCACAGAUGCUUUACCUGCCAUAUCAACGUACUUUAUAUUUGCACAAGAUAAAAGCAAUGAAAUGUGAUUGUUUUAUUAUAAUGUCUGUUUAUUACAUACACACAUUUAUAGAUAUACAAUUUUGCAUGGACUGUUUAAUGUAUUUUCAUAACGUUUUUGCUUGGAUCAUUUUAUAACUUUGA